GACUCCCAGUCAUAUCACCGUGGCUUCAACGAAACAGGAAACCGACACCAACGAAUGCCACGAGUGCCAUGGGCAGGCUGAAGAUAUUCGAUGUCCCAUCUGCGAGCGGCCGUUUUCACUGGAGAGGUCACUGAAGGCCCACAUGCGUACACACAGUCGCACAAGAUGGUUUCCCUGCUCGAUCUGCGGAAAGCUGUUCCAGCAGGUUAACCUCUUCGGGCACGAGCGUACGCACCACGAGCGCACCCUCUACAAGCUUGACCGCCUCACCGGGACAGUCCAGUGCUCCCUGUGUCGGAUGAUUUUCUUAAAUGACGCCGGACUCAAAAGUCACAUGAGGUCGCACACCAGCAAGAGGCUUCAUCAGUGUAACGUAUGUAGCAAGGAGUUCAAAGACCGUCAGGCGUUGCACAGACACCGCAGCCUUCACAGGGAAAACUUCAAGUGCGAGCUGUGCCCGUCAUCUUUCAUCCACAAGGUGUCGCUCAUGAAGCACCAGCAACUUCACGCGAGAGGUGUGGACAUGUUUCACUGCCACGAGUGCGGCAAGAUGUUUCUGAAGACGAAGAGCCUCCGGCAGCACCUACGGUGGCACACGGUCGAGAUGCCCUACGCAUGCCACCUAUGUCCGGCUAAGUUCCCUCAGAAGUCGCACAGGGACACUCACGUACUUAGACACAAGGGCAAAAGACCACACCAGUGUUCCGCUUGCGAAAAGAAGUUCACCCAAGCCUCUGAGCGCGCGUUGCACGUGCGUCGUGUGCACAGCAUUGUGAUGCUCAAGGAACAGUUUGACUCGAAUGACAAAGGCGAGCAGCCUUCCCGCCAUGGAUCACCUCCUUCACCUCCACAGAAGCAGCAGCAUCGAGACAACGAAAGAUGAAAUCAUCACAGAUACUAUCGCAGGAAUCCCUGGUGCAACUUUCAUCUCCUCAGUGACACUGCACAGCUAGCGCAUCAACAUCAUUAAAUCUCACAAGUUCAACGUGUGUCAGCGUUGUUUUGUGUUUGCGUUUGAAAGGUGGCAUGUGUGGCUCAUCUGCAAGUGGAUGUUUAUUAAGUGACUCACCCUCAGCUCUCCAGCUCAUGCACUCUGGUGUGAAACAGUUUCCUGUUCUACCAGUAGAAAUCAACUCACAUGGAAGCACCUCUCCAAGUAUUCCAGCAUUUCCAACAGCCCAAGAAGCUAUUCCAGUACUGCCAGUGCUAUGCGACUUGAGUGAGCAAGUGCAGACUGUUUGUUCACAUGCAGACACGUUACUGCAAGAGGCCAUACGGUUGGGACCAAGUGUGGCAAAUGGUUCAGACAAAAGUGACUAUCAGCACCCCUGCUCUCACACAGUUGAAAAAAAUGUGGGAAGCGUGCACUUAGUUGCACAAAGCUUGGCACAGCGAAGCUGGUUGAUCCUCAGCUGGUCAUGCUGCAGCACGGGGAUCACAACGUUGAUUGAAUCCAGCGUGCUUGGCCGAAGAAGAUGCAGCCAAGAGACAAUGAUGGGCACAUCUGGAAUACACGCAAAGUUUGCCACUAUGAAUGUGUUGAAAUCGCUGUCCCUGAGCCAUGGGGUAAGAAACUGGCAGUUGCUAUGGCAACGGCACAGCGACGGCUUGGUGGUUGCUAUGGAAAUGGUGCAGCAGAGGUUUUUUGUUAACAGCCGUCUUACUGCCAGCUUGAACAGUGAUGCGUCAGUGGUAUGCAGUCUUAUCAAUGCACGUCACUGCAACGUCACAUGCGUUUAGUAUAAAAGCAAGCUGCUCAGUAAAUCGUCGUUCAUGUUGUGUUAUCUGGCUUCCUUGUAUAUCUCGACAGCGACAUAACAAACAGCUUCGCUUUUAGAAGAAUUACAAGUGCAGCAUGUGCCAGUCUGCGUUCUAGUUCAAGGGACCAAUAAGCAGGCGCGAAGAAUUGCGUGCUAUUCGUGUGGACCUCUUCGACUGCAACCAGUGUGGUAAAGCAUUUAUGUGAAAGAAGAGGCUGCGGCAGCAUCUCCAGCAAAGCUACUUAGAUGCCAUAUGUGUACCACUUGUGUCCUGGUAAAUUUGUGCGUUGGUCCCAUUGGGAGGCUCACACACGCCGAUGAGAAACCAUACAAGUGUUCCAAGUGUGAUUUCCGCGGCUUUUGGACAGGAAAUCAGAUGUGUCUUACAGUUACAGACAACUACAAAGUGACGCUUUCCUGUCUGAACUGCAAAUCCAUGUCUUCAAUGAACUGACAAGGAGCUUACUAUGAUAGAUGAUGUGAUUACAGCUGAUGUGCUGAUAGGUGAUGUGAUUACUGCUGAUGUGCAUUUGUGAUUAGGUGAUAUGGUAUGUUUGGCAUUAUUAAAGAGAUGUAGCACAGUCAAGAUGUAUCGCCUUCUGUAAAUGCGUAUGAUGACAUGUCUUGAAAUGACAGCGGUGGUACUAUCGGACACUGUGUUUAAGGGAAUGUUUGAAUGGAUAUACUUUUAUUUAAAUGCAUGAGAAUGACAAAAUCGUCUCGCUUGGUGUUUAUUGUAUAGAUCUUGAUGAGUCUUAUUGCAUUUAGAAGAAAGAUUAGUUGAAAUUAGCUACCUGGAAAAGUCCAUUUUUAAAUUAGGGCUUCGUUUUUUUUAAAUACUGUAUGACGAGAAAUCGUCGAAAUGUUGGCUCCGACGCAUUCUCUGUUUGACGAUUUCUCAGAAUUUCAAGCCUCCAUAUUUGGCUGAACUUGUUUGGAUUAAUUAGGAUGUCUACUUUAAAACAAUGCGAAAUUUCGUGUAGCUUACAUACCAAGUCUCCGUCUCUGAAACUGAGCAGCAAGAUAACGAUGUGACAGCGCUGUAAACUCUGUUUAUAUAUUUAGACAUCUUAGGGGGACAAAAUUGAGGUGUUAUACAUUGGUCUGAGUAAAGCAAUGCCAAUUUGCAUGGAUGAAACUUCACUAGGUGCUUUUAUGUAUGUGAACAUUCAUAAAAUGCAACUUAUA